AUGGAGGGCGAAAGAUCAUGGAUUAGUCACCGCAACAUCAAAAUGGCAACCAGCGAAGUCCAAGACUUCGAACCAUUUUCGGAGUUCGACGAAGCAGACAACGGCUCAUCAGUCUCCCUUGACCUUCUUCUACCUGACGAUCUCCUAGAGAGAAUCCUCGCCUAUUUGCCCAUCUCUAGCGUCUUCAGAGCAGGGUGCGUUUGCAAGAGGUGGAACGAGAUCGUGAGGUCCAAGAGAUUCCUAGGCAACUUUUCCCCCUCUUGCAAGUCUCUGAAGCCAUGGUACUUCAUGUUCACCUGCAAUGAGGCCUCAACAGGAUAUGCCUACGACCCCGUCUUCAGGAAGUGGUACGGCGGCCUGGAGCUACCCUGUAUUGAUACCAGCAGUUGGUUCGUCUCUUCCUCCUGCGGCCUUCUCUGCUUCAUGGACAACGAAACCAGGACUCGCCUCUUCAUCUGCAACCCUAUCACUAAGGAUUCGAAGAGGCUCAAUGAGCCCCCUGGUGGCAAGUUCUCUGACUACAGCGCUCUCUCCAUCUCUGUGGACAGAGCUUCUCGGAGUUACACGGUUGCAGUUGUUAAGUCCAAGCAAGUACCCGGAGAUUUCCUCCAAUGGGACCUCUCUAUCCAUGUCUAUGGGUCGGAGUCCAAGAGCUGGGUCACCUCCACUAAGGAGAUCUUGACUGGCUGGAGGGGGGGAGACGAAAGCGUGAUCUGCAAUGGAGUCCUCUACUUCCUGGUGUACUGCACUGGCGUGGUGAGCAACGUGGUGAGCCGUCACAGCUUGGUCAUGUAUGAGCUUUCCACUACGUACACUCGUGGCUCCUUGGUGAGAUCUUCAAUACCAGUGCCCUGUUCUCUCACCUGCGGCCGCCUGAUGAACCUCAGAGACAGGCUGGUGAUGGUGGGGGGGAUCGGGAAGCAGGAUCGACCUGACAUCAUCAAGGGAAUAGGCAUCUGGGAGCUCCACAAGAGGGAGUGGCGGGAGGUUUCUCGGAUGCCCCACAGAUUCUUCCAGGGAUUCGGGGAGUUCGACGAUGUCUUUGCCAGCAGCGGCAGCGGCGAUCUGGUUUACAUUCAGAGCUAUGGUGCUCCGGCGUUGCUGGUAUUCGACAUGAACCUGAAGCUGUGGAGGUGGUCGCUGAAAUGCCCCAUGAACAAGAGAUUCCCUCUUCAGCUCUUCACGGGCUUCUGCUUCGAACCCAGACUGGAAGUUUCUCCUUGA